AAAAUGAAUAUACAGAUGAGCAAGGCAGAUAUAUAUUUGAUGCACCAGUAUUUAUUAGAAAUAGGUAAAAAUAUAUCAGUAAACCAAAUUCCAUAACUGAAAUGAGCACCUUUACAAUAAAUCCAUUAUCGCCAUUUAGACAACAAAGUACAUUUUCACAACAGGAAAGGCAGAACCCAACAAAUACUUUACAAAGCAGCCAGCAAGUUUUGAUGAAUAGUUCUACAAAUUCAAAAAACCAGUUAGUUACACCAAGACAAGUUUUUAAUGUAACAAUGUCGAUGUUAACACCUGCACCAAGAAAUCCUCAGUUAAGAGCUGACAUUCAAAAUUGCGUACGUACUUGCCCUACAACUACUGAAUUUAAUCCGGCUUGCGGCAAUGAUGGUAUAUCAUAUUCGAAUCCCCAAAAAUUAUCAUGUGCGCAAAGAUGUGGUCAAGAUGUUCAAUUUUUAAGACAUGGUAGAUGCCGACCGUUCGCACCUAUACAAUUUUAAAAAAAAGGUUGUUUUUAAUGCUUAAAUAAGCUCUAAGGAAAAUCAUAAUAGAAAAAGCAUUAAUAGGAAAGUUAAAUGUGUUUGAAAUAAAGCUAAAUUAGUUCUUUUAUUAUGUGAUAUUAUAUUUUAUUAUAUUUGCAUGUAUCUAUGUAGC